GCAAGCACGGAGCUACUGAAGUAUUCUUACUGCGAUAGGAUUUGACAGUGAAUUCCGAAAAAGACGGAGGAAGGACAAUCUUGAGAAUCCAAGUCCGAGGCAACCAAACAUAACCAUCGCUUGAAACUAUUUCUGUGCUGGAUAAGUUUACCGUAGGAUUGCUACAGCGAUGAUGUAUUCAGGCUUGGGCACGGAGUGUGACUCCUCUUCCCGCUGCAGCACUGCUUCCCCGGCCGGCGACAACCGUACUUACUACCCAUCUCCAGCUGAUUCGUAUUCCAGUGUGGGCUCGCCUGUCAAUCAGUCUUUGGACUUCACUGAUCUUUCCAUCGCAAGUGCCUCUUUUAUUCCAACUGUCACCGCCAUCUCUACCACUCCAGACCUUCAGUGGAUGGUCCAGCCUACCAUCUCCUCUGUAGCACCUUCUCAGAACCUAGUCCAUCCAUACAAUGUUCAGCGUACAAACUCUGACUACACCAGGGUGGGGAUGAUCAAGACUGCUGGAAUCAAAAGAAACAUUGGCAGGAGAGGCAAAACUGAACAGUUGUCUCUUGAGGAGGAAGAGAAGAAGAUGAUCCGCAGAGAAAGGAACAAGAUGGCUGCUGCAAAAUGCCGCAAUCGAAGACGAGAACUCACUGAUACUUUACAAGCUGAAACUGAUACUUUAGAAGAUCAGAAAUCUUCUCUGCAAAAUGAAAUUGCCAGUUUGAUGAAAGAGAAGGAAAAGCUGGAAUUCGUCCUUGCAGCCCACAAGCCUGUAUGCAAGAUUCCUGCAGACUUUGACACUGGCUUUCUUGAGGCCUCCAUCUCCCCUGUGCGCAGUCUAGGGGCAGACCUGACCUCCCAGACCCAGAGUACAAUCUCCAGCAUCUCUGUCCUUAAGGAAACUGAGACCAUCUCUACCAAAUCAUCCCUCUUCACAUCCAGCUCUGCCACUGAGGCUAGUACAUUUAUGACUGGGAUAUCCGACCUAGAGAGCUCCUUUGAGGAGUCUCUGGACCUCUUGGAAUCACUGAAGAAGUCAUCUGAUGCUGCCCAGUCUGUUCCUGACACUGACCUGUCUAGCUCUUUCAAUGUGCCAGAUUGGGAAGCCCUGUGCAUGCCAUCCAUUAAUGACUUUGAGCCUCUGUGCACGCCAGUGGUAACCUGCACCCCUUCUUGUACAACAUACACAUCUUCAUUUGUAUUCACUUACCCAGAGGACAAUGGCCUUGCCACAUGUGGAGGAGCCCACAGAAGAGGAAGUAACAGCAAUGACCAGUCUUCAGACUCCCUCAGCUCUCCCACCCUGCUUGCCUUGUGAAGCUAAAAUGAGCUUCCAAGUUCUAUAAUUCAAUAUCAUUAAGGACAUACAGAUCACAGGGCUAUGCCAUGGACUUGCUGAAAAGAUUAUGCUUAAAUAUCAAUCAUACUUGCUGCUUUCAAGUAUGUGACAAAAAAGCAUGUAUGAAAUUCAAACUCAUGUAUUCUGACUGCUGUUAUCUAAAGCAUGUCACAUUAUACCAUGUUAAUCCUAUUUAUUAAUAGGCCUACUACAAAUUCUAUUGUAGUUUUGUGCAUUAUUGGUGCAAGGUUGUAUAGUUAUAUUAGCUGACUACAGUUUAUUAAAUGUGCACGAAACAAUGGUGAUAAAACAGUAGUUAAAAUGUAAAAAAAAGAAUAAUAAAAUUAAAGUCAGGAAGUCCCCCCUGGGAAAGAAAGUUAUUCUAUUAUAAAACUGAAAUUUUCGUUUUCUGGUUAAUGCUGUUGCUCAUGGUUUAAUAUUAUACAUGUUGUGUCUUACCAUAGUCUGAGUGGUCUAAAUAUGGAGAAAGUUUUCUGUGAAAACGCAUGUAACAUGUAUGAUUGUAUGAUGUACAUAAUUUAAGUUAUAGGUUAAUAUUUUACUUUUGAGACCUAAUGCUGAUGCUUAUCACGAGCAAAAUUAUUGUUUAGUCAGUUACCGACAAUAAAUAUUUGAAAACGUA